ACCAAUUCCUUCCAUACAGAGCAUCUUAAUUUACACAACAAUUGAUCUUUCUCUCUUCUAUUUUAUUUAAUCUUUGAUCUCAGUUUGGCUUCAAUGCGACCUAGUAAAAUGGAAGGUAGAAGGGUGAGUUGCAGAGGUUGUGGUAUGCAGUUAACUGUUCCACCGGAGACCCAAGCUAUCCGGUGUUACCGGUGUGGAUCAACCAUCUGUCUUCGACCGGUGCCUGAGCCGGUCACCUACGCUGGAGAGUGGAUCAAGGAGUUCUUAACCAACGUAUCUAACACGGCCAUAAACUAUGUUGCAACCUCCUCGUUGAAUAACAACCCAUCACUACCAGGUGGUGUGAUGAGUUACAAUGGUUAUAAUUACCCUCCUCUUCCUCCUUCUCCUCCUCUGUCAGCACCAGCAAUUUCAUAUUCUUCUUCGGUGGCAAGAAGAGGACGGAAGAAGGCACUUCUCUGUGGAGUGAGUUACAAAGGGAAGAGAUUUGAGCUCAAAGGAAGCAUUAAUGACGUUAAUUGCAUGAGAUACUUCUUGGUUCAAAGGAUGGGAUUUCCAAAUGAGUCCGUCCUUGUUCUCACAGAAGAUGAGCCAAAUCCAGACCAAAUUCCAACAAAAAGAAAUAUCCAAAAGGCAUUGCAAUGGCUCAUCCAUGAUUGCAAGCCAGGGGAUUCAUUGGUAUUUCACUAUUCAGGCCAUGGUUCACAACAACCAAACCUCAAUGGAGAUGAAAUUGAUGGGUAUGAUGAGACUCUUUGCCCUCUUGAUUACCAAACUGCAGGGAUGAUCAUUGAUGAUGAGAUCAAUGCUGCCAUUGUCAAGCCUCUCCCUAGAGGGGCAACCCUUCAUGCCAUUAUUGAUGCUUGCCAUAGCGGAACAGUUCUUGAUCUACCGUUCGUCUGCAAGAUCAAUCGAGAUGGAUCUCACUGGUGGCAAGAUCAGAGCUGCCCUUCAGGUGUUUAUAAAGGGGCAAGUGGUGGACUAGUUCUUUGUUUCAGUGCCUGUGAUGAUAGUCAGACCUCGGCAGAUACCAAUGCUUUUUCAUCAGGAAAUCUUAUGCAAGGUGCCAUGACAUAUAGUUUCAUUCGUGCUGUGGAUCACAUACCUGGAUUGACAUAUGGUCACUUGCUCAAUGCCAUGAGAUCUGCCAUUCGAGAAGGUAACUCAGCAGGAAGAUUCAAUGGUCCAAUAGCAUCUCUCUUAAAAAAACUAUUUCGCACUCAGCUAUCUCAGGUAUUUGCUCUUCACAUAUGUGUGGUUUCCAGUCAUUUCUUGAUAAUAUUGACUUUGAAGCUGACUACUGUAAGUUAUUAUCAUCAUUAUUAUUAUUUUGAGUAAGAAAAACAGAAAUAAAAUUAAAGUAGAAAAGAAUCCAAAUUCUCGGAUACAACCAUCAUUAUAAUCCCUAUGAUGGUUGAAUGGUUCUCAUUCAACUCUGAUAUAACCCACUCCAUGAAGUUGUCUGUGGGACUAGUCCGGCCGAAGGCUUGGAAACCUGUUAUUUAAAAAAAAAAAAAUUCUUAUCUUGUUUUAAAAGAGUAAAUCCCCAAAAAUAAUUUCAGGACAGACUUAAUUUCCAACUUAAUAGUAAAUAUCUCCCAUGGACAAUUCAUCGAGGAUCUCUCUUCCAUCCAAUCUAUCAGCUCUUGACAGUGAGUCCAAGUCUCUAUGAUUGUGGCUCUCAAUGAUUUUGCUUGUUGCAAAUGUUGGGGCAUCCCUCUUGCUUCCGCUUCUUGAGCGCUCCUUGCAUGAUCAAAAUUCAUAGUAACAAAAAAAAAAAAAAAAAACUGUUUAUCAAAAAUUAUUAUUUACACACAUUUUACCUUGAAAGAAUCCUUCUUCCAUCACAUAUCCUUAUAUAUGAACUAGGGUGAGUGACUUCAAGAUAAUCCUUACUACAUAAAGAAACAGGGGAAUGAUUUUCAAGUGCUAUCAGAUAAAGACAAUAAAUUAAAGCUUAGAUACUCAUCAACAAGAUUUUUAAUAACAUUCAUGGGGUUCGGUUAGUAGUAAGUAACAAUACAAAGAUUCCUAGCAUUUCAUAAAAAAUAACAAGUUAUGGAGAAGAUAACCAUUCCUAUGGUGAUUAAAAUGAAGAUAGUAAAAAAGUGGAAAUGGAAGCUCUAUUAUCUCUAAAGAAAGAAUUUGGAUCCACAUGAACUUUGGUAUAGAUUAUAUGGUUGUCCCAUGAAGAAGACCCAAGAUUAUUUUAAUUAUCUUUGAAAUUAUCUUCUUUUCUUUUGGUAAAAAUCUUUGAAAUGAUUUCCUUUCUCCUAAUAUGUGAUGUUAACUUGAGUUUUAUGGUUGAGUG